AAUUAAAUUUACAAUCAAAUAAAUAAAUAUAAACAAAUAAUUAAAAUGUAAUAAGAAAAGUACAAAUAGAAAAGUAAAAGUUGGCAAAUGUCAUGAAAUGCAUGUAAUACAAUAAAGGAAAAAUAUUAUAAAUGCUUUUUGAAGUUAAGUUGUACUGGGAUGUUCUCUAAAUAUUUUUCAUGAAUUUGAUAGUGGACUUUUCAAGUAGUUUGAUGAUAUAAUGUUGUAACAACGACAGUAAUCAUAGUAAUUUUAAUAAUAGUGCAUACAAACACAAUGUCUGUCUGGUUUGGUGGUGAAUUAUUAUUGCGUCAUCACCAGAAUACUAAACAGAUCCAUUCAAUAUCCACAUCAUGCACAGUCUUUUUAGGAAUUAAUGAAGCCUAGUGAAUUGACACUUCAUUAGCUCCAGCUGGAAACGGUUAGGCAAUUAAACAUUCAUGCGGUGAUUAGAGUUUAGUGAAAUAUACAUGAUAGUUAAAAGUUGCGUGAUCAAUCAAGGCGGUGCCACCAGGACUUGAAUAAACAUGACUGAUAUUUAAAUAUUCAAGCAUGCAACUUCUGAAACGGAAAUAAACGAAUGCGCACACGAAUACGCAUUGUUUUGAUAUAUAAAUUGAAACAUUUCAAAAAUAAUUCAUUUGAGAAUCUUUAUAAAAUGUAUGCCUGUUUGAACGGUUUUCGUUUGCACUUUAUGGGAAUAAAAAUGAAAUUAUAAAGACUUGUAUUAAAUGUAUUUCUUCAUAAACUGAGUUUUAUGUAUUCACUUGUAAUUAUUUAUGUAUUUAUACAGUUACGUAUUAUAAAACGUGCCAAGCUAUGAUAUCCUAUAUGAUAUUUUAUGUAUUUUAUGUAACGUGCUUUAAAACAGACAAACAAUUAUUUGAAAAUUAUUUCCGUCAAGCGUUCUGUCGUCACUCAUACAACCCACAUUUGCAUAUCGAACGUUAGUGGUUAUAUUGUAACUGUUUAAUAUGUAAUUGCUACAAUAUAACAAGCUGUAUAAAUCCAGGCAGCACGCAUGCGCGCCGAAUCCACAGGUGUAAAAGUCCCCCUAGCUUUAUUAAGCUGGGCCGGUUUGCAGUUUGAGGGGACAUGAGCUGAAACGAGAGGAGAAAGAGGGAGAGGCAAGAGGAGAAGAGAGUCAAUCGCGCUCGUCUCGCGAGAAUAGGCGAGUCUGCCGGACGAGAUGUGAGAGACUCAGGUGUAAGCGCGCUCCUCAUCCACACACAGCAGAGCUAAACAGACAGAGCCACUGCAGGCAUCUCCGCAGCCAACAGCCUCUGCAUCCGCCUAACUGCUUGAGGACACCAGAAGAGGACGAGGAGACUGGAUUUGUUUUGUUUGUGUUCUCCAAGCCUUUUUGUGCACUUUAUCUGAACCGGAUCCCUCGCAAACAUGAUGUCCAUGAACAGCAAACAGCCUCAUUUCGCCAUGCACCCCACUUUACCUGAGCACAAGUACACAACUCUGCACUCGAGCUCGGAAGCGAUCAGGAGAGCCUGCCUACAAACUCCACAGCUGCAGAGCAACAUCUUCGCCAGCUUAGAUGAGACGCUCCUGGCCCGCGCCGAAGCUCUGGCGGCCGUGGACAUCGCCGUGUCCCAGGGUAAGAGUCACCCUUUCAAGCCCGACGCCACGUACCACACGAUGAACACUGUGCCAUGCUCGUCCACGUCCACCGUGCCACUCGCCCACCACCACCAUCAUCACCACCAUCACCACCAUCAGAACCUGGAGCCGCCCGACCUUAUGGACCACAUCAGCUCUCCGUCGCUCACCUUGAUGCCCAGUUCGCACGAAGGGGCCGGCGGAGGCGGCGGAGGGGGCGGCGGCGGGGGUUUGAUCUCCACGUCGGCCCACCCGCACUCCCACAUGCACGGCUUGACCCACCUGUCCCACCAGGCUGCUAUGAACAUGAACUCGCCGCUCACCCACCACGGGCUCUUACCGGGCCACCACGGCGGUGCGCAUCAGGGCGCACCGGGACUCACUAACAACGGACUGCCCUCUAUUAACGACUCGGACACGGACCCGAGGGAGCUGGAGGCGUUCGCGGAGCGUUUCAAACAGAGGAGGAUCAAACUCGGGGUGACUCAGGCGGAUGUGGGGGGCGCCCUGGCCAACCUGAAGAUCCCGGGCGUGGGCUCACUGAGCCAAAGUACCAUUUGUCGGUUCGAGUCGCUUACUCUGUCGCACAACAACAUGAUCGCGCUCAAACCCAUCCUUCAGGCGUGGUUGGAAGAGGCCGAGGGCGCCCAGCGGGAGAAAAUGAGCAAACCCGACAUUUUCAACGGGAGCGAGAAGAAGCGCAAGCGGACCUCCAUAGCCGCUCCGGAGAAACGAUCUCUGGAGGCUUAUUUCGCGGUCCAGCCUCGGCCGUCUUCGGAGAAAAUCGCGGCUAUUGCUGAGAAAUUGGACCUUAAAAAGAAUGUGGUGCGAGUAUGGUUUUGCAACCAAAGACAAAAACAAAAGAGGUUGAAAUUUUCUGCAGCUCACUGAUUGACUACUUCGAGAGAGAGUGAGAGAGAGAGAGAGAGAGAGAGAGAGAGAAAAAUGUUGGACUGCGUUUUGGGGACCAAGGAAUAUCGCUUUGGCUCUGCUGGUAUUCAAAUCCGUGUGCUCAUCAUGACAAAUAUGAUUACUGUUUUAUUUUAUGAAAACUCCUUGUUAUUUACACUGUACUGAAGUGAAUGUGAAGUAUGCAAAUAACAGGUAAUCCAGACGAACACCUGGUAAACUGGUAAAUAUUUCAAAUAUCAUUGUGAAAUUAGAUAAAUAAAUCCAGCUUUAUUUGAGCAAGAUUUGUUUUUGCCCCAAUGACGUUAUGAUGUUAUUCGGAAUGAUGAAAAUAGCCAUUGAUGGAUUACCUCAUAGUUUAAUUCUAUCCUAAUUUAUUUAUUUAUUUAUUAUUAAUCAAUUUAUUUAUUUUCAGCAUAUUUGUGUAUUUAUUCAUUCGUAAUAGGGAACUGCUAUAUUUUUGAUUAUUAAAAGUGUUAAAAGCAGAUCCCGUUUAUCAUCCAGUAAGAUGUUAUCAUUCGAUGUUUCAAAGGUCAGAACUAAAAAUGGAGAGAGAGAACGAAAGUAUACAGAGUCCCUUUUAAUGUAAGAGUGGGAAAUAAAGGUGGCAACCACCGCUUGUUGAAAUUGCACUGAAAUCUACUGUUAUUUAGAUUGGUUAGAUAUAUUAAAUGCUUUUGUAUAUAUACUAAUGACACUUGCUCACCGAGCAAAAUUUCCCUUUUUUUUUUUUUUUUUUUUUUUUUUUUUGGCAAAAUUGGAAUUUCCCUCUGACUUUUCAUUUGAAAAUGUUAGUGGUGGAUAUUAGUUUACUCGCAUGAUCAAGGUGAUUCUACUUGCAUUCUAAAGGAAAAUUGUCCUGAGAUAUAAUUUCGUUGUUUUGUGUACUUUGGUUUGCAGUGCAAACAUUCUAUGCAUUGAGAAUUAUAUAUAUAAUUUUUUUUUUUUUUUUUUUUUUUUUUUUACCAAACACUACAUAGAGUAUCUGCUGGUAGACCUUUGUGGUUGGUGUAAGUCACUGUUUAAUGCCUGUUUUCACAUAAAGACACAACGUUGUUUGUCGUGUUAAUUGUUCGGGGGGAAAAGUGUAAGUAAUGAUUUUAUUUUGUGCACAAUUAUGUUUACAAACAGCGGCCACGUGCGCAUCACGAGACGUCUCACUCUGUCAUAUCUGUGCACCUGUCCAACAGUCUGCUGUCUUUACCAUCUUAUCAUCCAAACGUUUCUCCAUUCUGUAAGCCAAAUCCAGCUGCAGGGGCACAAGUCCCUGCAAUCUUCUAAAUAAA